AUGUAUAAAAUUCACAAAUACUUCGAAAGGAUUCCUACGGUUUGGGAUGUCCUUGAUUUUUUAUACGAAUGUGAUAUCGAGCCGUUUGACGCAAAGGUGGACAGUUAUACAAAAGGUCUCGAAGCCAUCGCUAAUCAUGAGCAAGGAGAAAGAGCUGAAAGAGCACAAUUUCUUCACGACAGAUUUAAAAAUGCAACCAAGCCACGAAACCAGUACUGGCGCACCGGUGACUUUCUAGGUUAUCUGAUGCAAAAGGGUCCUGACCGUAAAAAAGCAACUGAAUGGGAGAAGAGACGCUCGAAGAGACAGGUUAACAUUAACCAACCGAUUAAGGGAAAUGUAGGAAAUGUAAUCGGGAAUGUAAACGGUAAUAUCAACACCGAAAAAAUAGAUCAGAGAAAGGAUUCAGUUGACACUUUUUUCCAAGAUCCCUCUGAUCAAAGGUCAACUAGUUUUAUCGAAAAACUUCGGGAAUCAAAAAUAAUAGGAAACAAAACACGCGAUGAGGAGGAUAAAGUUGAAUCUGAAUCGCUGAACUCCUUUUCUGCGUCCGAAUCGCUGAAUUCCUUUUCAAUUUUCUUAGACAGCAAUUUUAUUUCUUUUUGUAAUACAAGUGACGCUGAUGAAUCAACUUCUGAUGCAUCUGAGGAUAAUGACGAUUUGGAUUGCAAUAACAAUUAUGAAAACGAGGAUGAUCUCCCAAAAGUUGACAAGGUGGCUUUUUGUAAGGCUCACGAUUCUAUCCCGAACACUACGAAGUUGAAAUUAAGUACAGGCAAAAUAGUGGAGGAUGUUCUUUUCGAAUUUGCCAAAGACAUGGACUACGAGCACCAUGCCCAUUCCUACAUUGUGGACUUUGAUGAUGAGGACAUCAAGGCUUUAUUUACUGAUUCGGAAUGGAAGGAAUUAACCAAGGAUCGAAUUGGGGUUCCACCUAUUUCACAAGAAAUUACAAAAGAGUUGGCCAGAUAUGGAAAUAGUACUUUAGAAGACUUACGUACAAAAACAAUGACAUCAUAUCUUGAAGAAGAAAAAUAUGACAUUCGUAAACAUUAUGAUAAAGAAUGGAUCCAAUUGGCCAUUCGAACACUUGUAAAUCUAUACGAAAACAUAGAUGCCCCUCUAAUAAGAACACAAUACGAAGAUUGGUUUACGGUUGCACUUCUUGGAAUGUGUAUUGAUUUUUGUCUUAGGGACAUUCGAUUGGGAACUGACAUUAAAAGGACCGAUGCACCAUCAUUAAGUAGUGCCAACCGGAAAAAUCGUAAUCGAGCAAAUACACGUACACGAAAGCUUACUGGUCGAAAAAUCGAUGGAAUAAUAUAUACAGCUGAUGGACUUCUCGAAUUUGGGGCCAUAGAAGGUGCAAGGUCUUUUACAGGUGUUUCUGAUAAUAAAUAUCUUAAUGAGACAUUCAAAAUGCCAAAGACUCUUCGAGACAUGUAUGCGGAUUUAAUAAGAGUUAUAAAUUAUGAUGACCAAAGAGCGGACAAACUUCAAGUAAUUGGUAUCUUGCACCUUGGGUUAUGGGUUCAAUUUGUAAGACUAUGGCGUGCCGGAGGAUCAAUUUGCAUUUUUCGAAAAGAUCCCAAAUCUUUCAACUUAUCCAGCAAAUUCUCAAAAAAAGGAUUAAAUUCCUUCCUUAAAUUUCUAGCAAAGAUAAAUCAGUAUAAGGUAUAA